GCGAGGGACCGCAAGCCGUUGCAUCUAUCUAACCACCGGGAGCCGGGGCCAACGACCUUUGCUUCCCCUUGCCGCAUGUUCCCCUCACGUCCUCCUCACCCUCUUCCACUCCUCACCGCUCAUCGUCGUCGUCGCGCGCUCGCUCUCCCUCGGAGCUCCCCGCGAUUCCUCCCAUGGACGGGCUGCCUGGGGAGCUGUGCUUCAAGAUCUUCCACCUCCUCGAUCACCAGUCCCUCGCCGCCGCUCCCCAAGUCUGCAGGAAGUGGAACGCGUUGACCUGCGACGACGAGCUGUGGCGCAAGCUGUUCGAGGACAGGUGGGGAGCGGACGCCACGGCCUUCUACGCGCCGGAGCCGGAGGGCGCCAAGCCCUGGAAGGACGUCUUCGUCGUGCAGGACCGAUGCGACCGAUACGGCCUGGGCGUCAGGAUCAUCAGGGAGGGAAACGACUACUACCUGAUCUACCAAGGCGAGAUCCAGAGCUACCUGGGCACGAGCUGCGACGCCAAGGACGCGCAGCCGCAGGGCGCUGAAGCGGAGAAGAGGCAGAUAUCUGACCGGAUCCUCUUCUUCCUGGGGGACCUGGAGACUGCUUAUGCCGACGCCAAGCGUGUCAAGACGUGACCGCGUCGUUCAGAAACAAAACUGUUGAAAUGUCUGUAAAAUUCUUGUCCUUGUAUUGCAUAGCUCGUGCAUAAGGUUGCAUUUAGUCUUCUACGUACAGACAUCCCAUAGUGUUUCGCCGUCGUAUUCUUCAUCUGGGAACUACAAUUCAGAUGUUUUCCUCUUACUAAUCUUCUUGCAGUUCGGAAACUGCAGAUAAUGUACGAUACAAUUAUUCAGUCGCUUAUGCUUGUAGCAGUAAUGAAAAAAUGGUGAAGAGCAACAAAUUAACGAGUUUCA